UUCAGAGCACGUCCUUCCGAAGUGAGGGAAAGCGAAACGCCACCCAACCGAUUGCUGUUCCGCUGCGGCCGGGUCCUCGGAUCGCGUCAGGCCUGGGUGAGCGGUCAGUAGCCGAGACUCGAGAGUGGAGGCUGUGUUGCCCAGACUCUGGAACCAUGAACAUAUUUGAUCGAAAGAUCAACUUUGAUGCGCUUUUAAAAUUUUCUCAUAUAACCCCCUCAACGCAGCAGCACCUGAAGAAGGUCUAUGCAAGUUUUGCUCUUUGUAUGUUUGUGGCGGCUGCGGGGGCCUACGUCCAUGUGAUCACUCAUUUCAUUCAGGCUGGCCUGCUGUCUGCUUUGGGCUCCCUGAUAUUGAUGAUUUGGCUGAUGGCAACACCUCAUAGCCAUGAAACUGAGCAGAAAAGACUGGGACUUCUUGCUGGAUUUGCUUUCCUUACAGGAGUUGGCCUGGGCCCUGCCCUGGAGUUUUGCAUUGCCAUCAACCCCAGCAUCCUUCCCACCGCUUUCAUGGGCACAGCAAUGAUCUUCACCUGCUUUACCCUGAGUGCAGUCUAUGCCAGGCGUCGUAGCUACCUCUUUCUGGGAGGUAAGUGUGAACUGGGAAACAUGGAAGCAAACCUGUAUGUGGGACUGGUGGUCAUGUGUGGCUUUGUCCUUUUUGAUACUCAACUCAUUAUUGAAAAGGCUGAAAAUGGAGAUCAAGAUUAUAUCUGGCACUGCAUUGAUCUCUUCUUAGAUUUUGUUACUCUCUUCAGAAAACUCAUGAUGAUCCUCGCCAUGAAUGAAAAGGAUAAGAAGAAAGAGAAGAAAUGAAGUGACCAUCCAGCCUUUCCGAAUUUGACUUACUCUCCUUCCACCCCUCAUUUCCUUUUUGCACACAUUACAGGUGGUGUGUUCUGUGAUAAUGAAAAGCAUCAGAAAA